GUCUCGCCUCACUCGAACCUUUGACGUGGUUAAAGUCCCGGGAGCGCCGACAUCGCUUCAGUCCAGUUCUAACACCACUCGACGCCCGAUUUUUUAGUGACUCCGACUCUUUUGCGUCGCCCUUUGCCGCCCCUUUUUGCAUAAACCACCGCCAAAAUGGUGUACGAUUCCGAUUUCUACACCACCAGAAGGCCGUACCGCUCGUCGCCGGCUUACUCCUCCUACACCACAUCGAAACGCGAGAUCCCGUGGGAAAAGGUCCCGUUUGUCCCGAGACCCAGCCUGGUCCCAGAUCCCGUCACCGCCUUCGGCAAACGGCCCACCAAGCAAGAACUGGAACAGCAACAGCAAAGACCGCAACGCAAAUCCAUUCUGGACCCUGAAGAAAGGGCCAAGAUCAAGCCCAAGGCCGUGCUGGAACCGAUCAAGCCCUACUUGACAGCCCGGGACAGGACCAGGGAGAAGGUGUUCUGCGAUAUCCUCAGGAAGGGAAUGGCUCCGAACGAAGAUAAUAUCGAUGUAGUGUUGCCACGUUUACACAAAGUGGCGGAGUGUCCUGAUCUGCCUUAUAAAAGGAAAAUGUAUUCUUAUUCUGACUUGCCACCUGUUUGGUAAUGAGGGAAAUGAAUUAAGUAAUUUAUAGUUUAAUGGGCUUUAACGGUAACAUCAUCAGUUUUACAAGAUCAACUAAGUAGUUACUAGUUCACUACAAUAUAACAAAACACUUUAUAUUUUUACACUCUAUGACAUUAAAUUCAAUAAAAAAAUGUCUAUACCUAUGUGGCGGAUUCAUCUCUCCAAAAAAUCCUGUAUGGGUUUUUCGCCACUGCAAGAA